AUGGGCGAGAUCUCCGAUCUGCUGGACAAGCUCCAAACAAACUAUUCGGACGUCACCCCGCACUGGCUCAAGAUCUACUCGCUGCCGUACAACUCGACGGACGCAGGUGAGCUGGCACCCGCGGGCUUUCAAGAGCUCAAGGGCUACGGGACGCGCGCUCGCGCCUCGGUGGGCUCGGCCAUCCCAACAGCCUACAACGCCAGCCUCAAAUUCUUCAGCAACCCGGAAGACGUGGAAUUCAUUGAAUACGCCGAUGGCAGCAUGAACGAGAGCAUUCAGUUCCUGAAAUCCCAGCUGAACUUGCCUAGUGACGCUGACUUGAGUGCCACCGACGCAGGGUCCGCUUUCUCAGCUUGCGCGUUCGACAUCAUGCUCUACAAUGUCACCGACGAGUGGUGCUCCCUCGUCGACCAAGCAUUCUUGAACCGCUUGGAGUACUCCGACGAGUUGGAAUCGUUUUACGAACAAGGACCGGGAUACAAGAUCAACUACGAAAUGGCAGCCGUCCUGCUCCAGGACAUCUACGCCUACAUGAAGAAUUUCACCACUGGAGACACAACCAUUGUGGGUAACCUGCGCUUCGCUCACGCAGAGACGACCUUGCCACUCAUGACGCUUCUCGGCUAUGGCGAUCGCACCAAGCUUCUGGCGUCGUGGACGGAUGAACAAAUCGACACGCGUGGCUUUCGCUCUUCGCACUUGGCCCCGACCGCCUCGAACAUCGACUUUCGUCUGUACCGCAGCAAGACCGACCAACAGUACUACGUGUCGGUGUGGAUCCAAGAGGUUGAGGCUCCGUUACCCGGAUGCGACGAUGCACUGUAUUGCGAGCUGUCCAAGCCUCCCGGCUUGCCUGUCAAGAACAUCGGCCGGUUCUUGGUUGCCACGUCUGUUCUCUCGAUAAUCUUGUUGCUGGCGACGAGCGGCAUCAAAGACGAGCGUGGGGUCGCAGUUAACUCUGAUCUCCUGAAUGCUGCCGACGUCGCUAUGUUGAACCCACUUUCGUUUGGGACAAUGACAACAUACUGGGACCAGCGUGGCACAACAGAUUCCGAGCUUCUGCUGUCAAACGCGCGAGUGAUGGAGGUUCAGGCUUCGGAUUUGGAGCUGCUGCAGAUUCAGCAAGUGAGCCGUCACGGAAGGAGAUUCCCCACCGACAACACGAUGCGUGAGAUUGCGGAUCUGCUUUAUAGGCUGCAAGCAAACUACUCCGCUGUUCUCCCGCAGUGGCUCCAGGAGUACUCGCUUCCGUAUAACCUGACAGUCGCAGGGGUCUUGUCAUCGACUGGGUUUGAUGAACUUGCCGCGUACGGAAAACGUACGCGACGUUCAGUGGGUUCCGCCAUUCCUACGACAUUCAACGAGAAGCAGUUUAUUCUCGCGCACACGUUCAAAGCGCGCACGGGUGACAGUGCAAGAGCGUUUGCCAGCACAUUUUUCGACAAUCCCAACGAUGUUCAAUACGUCGAAUACCCCAAGGGCAAGGAUCCGUUCAUUCGCUUCUAUGAUAUUUGCGACCGCUACUUGGUUGAAGUCAAGCACAAUCCAAACGCUUCUGAGGAACUCAAAGCCUACGGAAGCUCAAGCCAAAUGAACGCCAGUAUCGCGCAGCUCAAGGCGCAACUCAACCUCCCUGAUAGCGUCGAUCUCAGCGUCGUCGAUGUCCGAGCGGCCUUCGCAGCUUGCGCCUUUGGCAUUAUGGUGUACGGGAUCACGAACCAGUGGUGCUCUCUAAUGGAUCAGACCUUCUUGAAUCACCUCGACUAUGCGGAGGACCUCGAGGCAUUUUACGAGCAAGGCGCCGGGUACAAGAUCAACUACGAAAUGGCCGCCGUUCUACUGCAGGACAUAUACUCCUUCAUGAAGAAAUUCACAACGGGUGAGACCAGCGUCGUGGCUAAUCUACGCUUCGGCCAUGCCGAGACGACUCUACCUCUUAUGACACUGCUGGGCUAUGGUGAUCGCACCAAGCUCUUGGCGUCGUGGAAUGACGACCAAAUCAACUCGCGGGGGUUCCGCACUUCGAUUCUCUCCCCCACCGCUUCAAACAUCGACUUCCGACUGUACCGGGGCAAAACGGACCAAAAGUUCUACGUGUCGGUGUGGAUCCAAGAAGUCGAGGCUCCACUACCUGGCUGCGACGACGAAGUUUACUGCGAGCUGUCCAAAGUGGAGAAACUCUGGAGCUACUACCUCAACAACUACAGCUUCAAAGCCGAGUGCGCGCUCCCAAAGCCCCCGUACAAGCACGUAUCGACCCAUGCGUCGUUGGAGGAAGUGCAGCUCGCUGUGCAUUCCUAUGACGCGUUUCAGUACGUGGUCGCCUAUAAUUACGGCAACCACGGUCACGGGAAGGUCUACCGGUGUUCUGCGCACCAACACUGCCCCAAGCGCCUGCGCGUGCUCGAAGUUCGCGACGAGGAGGAGGAAAUCCCAGUCACGUACCGCCUCGCAGCCUCCGGUACUCAUGGAACUGUAGCCACCAACAGCAAUCGACGGGUGGGCAUUGACUUGUCGCUGAGGGCGGAGGUCGACGCCUUGCUCAAGGCUGGAAACCACGCCACCCAGUGCCAGGAGAUUCUCAGGAAGAAGUACCGGAACGAACCGGAGAUCCUGGCGAAGAUCCCCCAGGAGAAGCAGCUCCAUAACCGACGCCUGGUUCUGGUGAAGAAGGGGGAGAUAGCCAAGUCGACGAACCGUGCCGGGAACCGAGGGAAGCGAGCGCGGACUCGGAGUGAAGAGUCCGAGACGGAAGAAGAAGGGGACGAAGACAUGGCUCGAGAAGACAACCCGCAGUCGUUUGCGACGAUGCUUGUCGAUGAUGACAAUGAACACGAGGUAGAGGAGGAGGAGCAGCAGCAGCAGCACGACGAAGUUGAAGGUGACGCGGAGAGUGAGGACGAUUUUGACAAGGUCAAAUUGAUGCAGGAGUUUGCGGCAUUUCCAGCGCGCCCGGUGUUCUGGAGCGUGCUCAAGAAAUUCCGGUACGUCGACGACAAGAGCGGAUCGAUGGUGACGCAGUGGCUGACUGGCCAGGUGAUCGGCUGGGAAACGAGCGAGCACAAGCCUGUCAAGUGGGUGGUGCGCUUCACCGACGGCGAGAAGCGCCGACUGGGGCUGGAAGAGCUCGUGGAUAUGAUCCGAGCGUCGGUGGAGCUGGGACUCAACGUCACAAGCCGCCCUCUCGAGAUUCAGAUGACCUAG